GAUUGUAUUUCAAAAGUGAUUUCAAGAUGUCGAUUGAAAAGAAGAUUCUUUGCAUAACAUUGUUAGUUACAAUAAAUUUGAGUGGAAUAACAUGUGGUGGAAAUUCUAUGAUUUUCACUAGCAUCGACUUCCCAAGCAAUCCAUGUGCUGAUAUCAAUUUCGAUGGCUUUGAAGCAUUGUUGAACAUUAUUGAGGAGUUCAUGGAGGAUAUUCUUAAAUUAGCAGAAGAUAUCAUCGAUGAAUUAGAUGGAGUUCCAAAUGUAGAUGAAGAUGAAGGAGCCGCCAGUAGAUUGUUGAAUUUGAUUGAAAUGGUUGAACAGUUGCUGGAUGCAGUUAAGAAAUUCAAUGACUUGCAAACCCCACUUUUGGCUGCUCUUGAUUCUUUGUUGAUAUGCAAUGAAGAAAGGGUCAACCAACUACUUGAUGAAACAAAAGUAUUAAAUCCAACCUUGGCAGUUUUAAAUGCAAUUAAAGCACUGAAUGCUUAUUUGAAUGGCGGAGACGUUAGGAUAGGAUUCGAUUCAAUUGACGUUGUCAUAGAAGAUAUAACGAAUGAGGCUGAACAAAACCUUUCUCAAAUUUUCAUUUAUAUUCAGGAAGCUAUCGCAAGCGUUAUGACGGUAUUGGAAGGAUACUUGUCAAGCAAUACUCCAUAGUUGCCUAAAUGCAUUCAUUUGCAAGUCAUGAAUUCCAUGAAAAAAAUUGUUUAUUUCCUAGUUAGAUUAACGUAACAUGAAAUUGGAUGAGCACGAAACUUUCUUUGUAAAAUUAAAAUCAAUUUGUCAGAAACUAAAUCAAAGUAAUAAAAUUUUUGUUUCCUUUUCGAUAUUGUGCAACAAAUUGAAAUAAAAUGUAAAAUUUAUUCAUUUUCCUGGAA